GGCAAACCUCGGUGGUUUUUAUGGACCUAUGUCAGAUUGCAAUGGCCGUGGCCUAUGGUCGAACGAGAUGUUGGCCUGGUGCCAAAGGAUGACAUUUUGGUGGUUUGGCCUGGAGUUUCACCCUAUUUGCACUCUGAUUUGCCUCGAAGCCGCUGUGCUUGCGCUUGGGCUUGUUGUGCUCCUUUCGCUCGCUGCGAUGCCGGAAACACACUGAUUUGGCUCAAAUGGCGCCCAGGCCAUUGUAGCCAACAGUCCGUGCCCCGCUUUGGAGUCCCACAGGUGAUGGCUUCUCGAAUGCGGAUGUAUCUUGCAGCCGGAGUUGCAGUACUUGCACUCAUUGCUGCGGGCGAUGCCUUCCUCACCUCCCCGGCAAUUCCUUCCUCCCAGAAGUCGGUGGCCACCGCCUACCGCAGUACCGUUCGAGGGAGUGAACUGAAGAGCUCCAAGGGCGACAGCUUCUGGAAGGCUGCAGCCUCGAUGACGCUGCUCAGCUUGUCAGUGGCCCGACUUGUGGGCAGCACAGCCAAGGCGCCCAGUCGCCGUGUGGUCUCCGUGCGCUGCUGCGCUGCUGCGCCGUUGGUUGCGGCGGCCAGCCAGGUGAAGGAGUGGACCGAGCGUCCAAGUCCCACCGUGACGGACCUCAUCGACAUGACCGUCCCUGAGAUCACCCGUGGCGAGGUCCUGGAGGACAUUUUCACUGAAGCGGGCAUGGAUCGCCCCUCGAGCCCUCUUCGGAUCGCCCGCUUCAUCGGUGCUAGCCGCUUUCGUGCUGCCCGGCGUGCCGCGCGGAGCACUAGCCGCGCCACGCGCCACGCCACGGGAAAGAGACUAUGUGAGCGCCCAUCCACCGUGGUGAUGACCCAGAGUUUCGAUUUCAGCCGCCUCCGCCACCAGAUCCAGAAGGGCCUCCGCAUCUCCUCGCGCCGCCGCUGUGGACACAGCCGCCAGGGCCGCGGCGUGGCGGCUAGCUCAUCCACGGCGAUUUCUCGUCACAGCCUUAUGGAAGUAGAACUCCAUGUUCAAAAAGCAUAUAGCCAAAACCAAUGUAGCAUUGAUCGAUGCUCGGUUCUUGCUUCCUCGUUGGGGUUCGAUGCUCUAUGCGGUGGACGCAUGUGGUGGAGGCAUCGGCUCGCGUGACACUUGGGGUGAGGGUCGGGCGACAGCAGCGGCCGCGGUCGACUGCUUCCCCGAUGGCCCUCCAGAUGCUCUGGGGCAUGCGGACAAAUGCUUCAUAUGACAGUGCCUGCUCAAAGCAAGCCACCAAAGCCAGGUG